GCACCUAUAUACGAAUUAAGAACGCUGAUUUUUAUUCGUUAUUUAAAUAUAUAUAUAUGUAGACGUGAUAUUUCAAUUUUGUCUCUAUUUUAUCGUUCGCGACUUGACAGAUAUUAUAAUAGAGAAUUUUCAUUAUAACGUUUUUGAAAAAAAAACAAUAUUCGGGAAGAUGAUACUCUUCAGUGGUCUCUUCUUCUUCCUGGCUGUAUUCUCAAGAGUUGGUUGUACACGAAACACACCAAGAAGUGCGAGAGCCAGUAGAAACGAUGCAGCUUUGGAAUUUGAGUGUCCUGAAGAGUUUGGUUAUUAUCCUCAUCCUCGUGAUUGCACGCAAUAUUACGUUUGCGUUUUUGGUGGAGCUUUGCUCGAAUCUUGCACUGGUGGUUUGAUGUACAGCCAUGAAUUGCAGACGUGCGAUUGGCCACGUAACGUUGGCUGUCCAGAAGGUGGUUUGGUCAACAAGGAGAUCGAUGAGGAUCCGUUGUUAGAAAGGUCUACGAAAAUCGAAUCGUUGCAACAGCAACAACAACAGCAACAACAACAGCAGCAACAGCAACAACAGCAUCAACAACAGCAUCAACCUGUGCAAAGACCAAUCCAAAGGCAACCGGUUUUGGUUACUUCAACAGCUUCCCCAGCACCUCAGACCACCGAACGACAAUACCGUCAACGACAACAAGUUAGAAAUUAUCCCGAGGAUGAUUACGAACCACCUAGCGAAAUUGAAAGUGACAGACAGCAACGUGUCUACAGAGGACAACCUUCGACAAUAGGACAAGUGCAACGUGACCGUGAUGGACUUCGUAGAAACAUCAUUUCUGAAAGAGAAAAGGACAGUCUGGUGAAUGCACGCGUUCAAGCGGAAUCUCAUUACAGGACACAAGUACCUUCAACGGAAUCAUCUAGAAUUGCUAAAACAUUGGCAUCUACGGCAGCACCGAUCAUAUCGAAAUCAUAUUACCAUGAUCCUGAUCAAAGUUAUCCAUAUUACACGAUUUAUGAAGAUGACGUUUCAAUGUAUAAAGAUGAUGAUUACAAUCAGUACACGGUUAACCAAACGGUACCACUGCAACAACCUAACGUGAAAAUUAGCGAAGUUAGCACGAAGCAAUAUCCACAAAAAUCGAAAAAAGUUAGUGUCAAUGACGCGGAUAGAUAUCAUUUGAAUCACGAUGUUACCGCACAAGAUUAUGACAUUUAUGAGAAUCAGGCUCAAUUAAAUAAAAAUAGAUUCAGAAUUUCGGAAGGACAAUCACCUUUAAGGACGAACGUUGUUAGCCAUCCUGUGGUCCACGUAACAACUCCCAAUGCCAUCGUUGAUACAUUUGUUCCAUUGACGACUACCACUCAAACACCUACGACAAGUGCUAGGCCUUAUACUGUUAGUGUUUCAAGUCGAGGUCGUCCCCAACAAAUCAACCGAGGUACUGCACCACCUCGUUCACGACCAACGUUGAAACCAUCGACGGAGAUUGUUUCGAAGGCACAGGAAUUCAUCGAUAUCUAUAGAUUCCCACCGGUUAGACCAGCUCCGAUUUAUCCGACACCUCAGGUCGAUAAGCCAGCUGCAAAAUGCCGAAGGGAUGUUUGUCUACUUCCGGAUUGCAGCUGCGGAGGCGCUGACAUUCCAGGAGGAAUUCCAGCUGAGGAGACACCACAGAUCGUCCUUCUAACGUUCGACGAUGCUGUUAAUGAUCUUAACAAACCGUUGUACAGUGAUUUGUUCGAAAAUGGCCGUAAAAAUCCAAACAACUGUCCGAUCACUGCAACGUUCUAUGUUUCCCACGAGUGGACAGAUUAUAGCCAGGUGCAGAAUCUUUACUCGGACGGUCAUGAAAUGGCAUCUCACACGGUCUCGCACAGUUUCGGUGAACAAUUUUCACAAAGAAAGUGGGCACGAGAGGUGGCUGGACAACGUGAAAUUCUAUCGGCUUAUGGUGGUGUCAAAUUGGAAGAUGUCAGAGGAAUGAGAGCACCAUUUUUGUCGGUCGGUGGAAACAAUAUGUUCAAGAUGUUGUGGGAUACAAAUUUCACUUACGAUUCUUCGAUGCCAAUUUAUGAGAACAGACCACCUAGUUGGCCUUACACGUUAGAUUAUAAACUAUUCCACGAUUGUAUGAUACCACCUUGUCCUACCAGAUCUUAUCCUGGAUUAUGGGAAGUGCCUAUGGUAAUGUGGCAAGAUCUGAACGGUGGUAGGUGUUCUAUGGGAGACGCUUGCAGUAACCCACCAACUGCCGAUGGAGUUUACAAGAUGCUUAUCAAAAACUUCGAAAGACAUUACACGACUAACAGAGCACCAUUCGGACUCUUCUAUCAUGCGGCAUGGUUUACUCAACCCCAUCAUAAAGAAGGUUUCAUCUCUUUCCUUGACACAAUAGUUGCCAUGGAUGAUGUUUGGGUUGUAACGAAUUGGCAAGCUAUCCAAUGGAUUAGAAAUCCGACGCCUCUUGCACUUCUGCAUAAUUUUGAGCCUUUCAGCUGCAAUUUUGCAGAUCGACCGAAGAAAUGUAACAAUCCGAAGGUUUGCAAUCUUUGGCACAAAAGUGGUGUUAGGUACAUGAAAACUUGUCAAGCUUGUCCAGAUAUUUAUCCAUGGACGGGAAAAACUGGUAUUAGGAGCAGUCGCAUUGAUAACGAAAUAGAUACACACGAAUGAAACGGCAAACCAAUCAACGUGACAAUCGAGACCCACCAAUGAGGAUGAAAGAACCAAAACGAGAAAAAUGAUAUACACAAAAACGAACAUACAUGCAACCAUACACUCACACACAUAUAUAUACAUAAAGCAUCUCAGUGUUCUUUUAUUUCUUGUUCCUCUGAACAAAUAGUUCGAGUACGCCAAGUUUCAUCUAUUUUCCUAUUUUUUUUUUUCCACCCCUUUUUUUAAUUCUUUUUUCUUAAUUUUGUUUUCGACCGAAGAAGAGAGAACAAAUUUAACAUCGCGGUUAAAAUUUUAAACGACUUUGGUGGGUCUGCGAAAUGUAAUCAAAAAAAUGCAGUCCUUUAUAAAAAAAAAAAAGAUUUUAAAACGGGACUGCGUUAAAUCAUAGUUCGAAAUGCGCGUACGUGUUUUAAAAAACAAACAAAAAAAAAAAAACAAAAAACAAAAAGAAAGACUUCUUGUUCCUUUUACUUACUUCUCUUUUCUUCUUCCCUUUAUUUUCUUGUCCAAUCGGUUAACCACGAUAAUAUAACGUUGUUACGAUGAAAAAUACUCGUGAACAAAAAAAAAAAUAAAUAAAUAAAUUAAAAUGGUAAUUGCGUUAUAUUGUUGAAACAGGGUAACUCUUGACACGAGAUACGAGUAGAUUUAUUAAAUUAUUUCAAAGUAAUGUUGCGGGGACGGUGAUCAUUGAUUGAUUCAUGCGAAUCGAUGAACGUACCGUGAAAUCGAUGACCUCGCAUGUGUAAUAAACUUUUAUUUUAAUAGUAUCUUUAUUUUUCACCUCUUCU